AUGGCCAACGAACAUGACAUCGACAUGUUGAAGGAAGACAAACAGCAGAUAGAACGAGUAGACUCCAAGUACAACGCCAAAACCACACAAGAUGCCAAAUUUGAGAAGAGAGUUCUUCGAAAGAUCGAUUCUCGACUCUUACCAAUCUUAGGAUGCCUUUAUACCAUCGCUCUUGUUGAUCGAUCCAACGUUGCAGUCGCCCGCAUCUCAGGAAUGGACGAGGACCUCGGUCUUGCACAAGGCAAUCGUGUUUCUAUCGCUCUGAUGGUAUUUUUCAUCGGUUACAUUAUCUUUGAAAUUCCCAGCAAUGCUUUCAUUCAUAAACUUGGUGCUGCCAAUUGGCUUGCGUUUCUUGCUGUAGCUUGGGGCUUGGUGUCUUUGGGCAUUGGUUUUCUACACAAUUGGAUCGGUCUUGCUAUCCUCAGGGCGCUACUUGGAGUCUUUGAGGCCGGAUUCUUCCCAGGCUGCGUCUAUCUUGUCUCUUCUUGGUACAAGCGAUACGAGGUGCAGAAACGUAUGGCCGGUUUCUUUCUCACAGCCUCCGCAUUAUCGGCAUUCGCCAACAUCCUUGCCUACGGUCUGAUCCAAAUCUCCAAACAUCAUCAUUACAAAGGGUGGCGCUGGAUUUUCAUCAUCGAAGGUGCCAUCACAGUAAUCGCUGGUAUCGGUUCGUGGUUUAUCAUCGUCGACUUUCCUGACUCGGACAGAAACACGUUCCUCACCGCCGAGGAACGCACAUUCGUCAAGGCCCGGUUGGCCGAGGACCGUGGCCCCGAAGAACACGAGAAGGUGACAAUAAAGAUUCUGGCAACAACUGCCGCUGAUUGGAAACCAUGGGCCUACUCUCUUAUGUACAUGGCUGGUGCUGUCGGAGUAUACGCCUUCCUGUUUUUCCUUCCUAUCAUCCUUCGGGGCGGCCUUGGGUAUUCUCUCGAGCUGUCGUUUAUUCUUAGCACUCCUCCAGCUCUCUUCGCCGUUGUGGAGGCUAUGACUAUCUCCUGGCUCGCCGACAAGUUCCAAAUGCGCGGACCCUUUGUUAUCUUCCAGGGUCUUGUUGGCAUUAUUGGACUUUGUAUGACUGGAUUCCUCAGCUCUCCCACACCCAGAUAUAUCGGCACCUUCCUCGGAGUUGCUGGUGCUAAUGGGCUCGUUGUGACAACGUUGGCUUGGCAGGCUAACAAUAUUGUUGGUGAUGCACGACGUGCGGUAUCAACUGGUAUUCUGAUCAGUGUCAGUGGCGUUGGUGGCAUUUACUCGAGCAUGGUGUUUCGCCAACAAGAUGCACCCAACUACCUCCCGGGCAUUGUCGCCGUCAUGGCAAUUAAUGUUGCAGCCGUUCUUGUUGCUGCUUUGACUAUGCUUGUCCUCCGCCACAAUAAUAAGCAGGCUGAUGAAGGAAAGUACCUGUGCGAGGGUCGGGAAGGAUUUAGAUAUACUUUGUGA